AUGACUAAGAAAACUUGCAGUCCAGAUCAUUGUCUACACGGAGAACGCUGCUGUAAACUAUGUCCGAAAGAGCAUAAACAGCGAGAGUUAAAGCAGUGUGAAGCCCACAGUGAUAGAAGGUGUGGGUGUGAUAAGGGAUACUACAGUGAGACCAGCCAUGCACUACACUGCAAAAAAGUUACAAACUGCCCACCAGGACAUGGAGUGUCUGUUCUACCCACUGGCACUUCAGACAUCGUAUGCACCAAGUGUCCACCUGGAACCUUCAACAACGUGAGUGAUUUUACUACGCCCUGCCGUAAUCACAACAGAUGUGAGGUGUUGGGUCGGUAUUUAGUAGCUCCUGGAACAGCAGAAACAGAUGCCGUGUGUGGAAAUUUUACAACUCCGCCCCCAUGUACUGGCACUGAUGAUUACGGCUCCUGUCCAACUGGCUGCCAUUGGAUGAUUCCCACUAGCUUGUGGGCAUGUUUAAUCCUGACCAUCAUCCUCGCUGCUGGGAUUUGUUACUGCAGAUCUAAGCGCAGAAGAAAAACAGCAGUUAUAACAUCUGUAGAUGAGGAGAUCUUCAAUUUGCCGGUUCUUCCUCCAGACAUCCUUAAAUAUCCGAGAAGUCCUGAGCCACACACAACUACACACAAAGAUGAAUUUUGUUCAGAUGGAGACGGACAUCUGCAGUGUGAUGGUGUUGAAUCGCUGAUGAUUUUGCAGAACUUCAGCCACUUCUCAGGUCCAGAGACAUUCCUCACCAGCCCCUCCAUAAUUAAAUCAGAACCAGAGGAGGAUGAGUGGCCUGGAGCCUAAUAUACAAUGCUUCACCUUUUUAUCUUCAUCAGGUUCACCUGCUUCUGCUGCGUGGUGGUUGUUUGAUGUUGAAGUGAAUCAGAGUUUUAUAAUUUUUCGUCUGCCACAUUGGGAUUUAUUAAAUUCUUUCAGAUGUCACAAAGCAAAACAUUUGUUCUAUUAGCCACGGACACCCAGUAACUAAAAUAUUAGCAUAUAAUAUUUAUAUAAAUUUUAUUUGUGAAUCUUAAAACAUGCAAUUUUUUUCUAAGAUUUCAUUCAUCGUUUGAAUUGUGUAAAUAUUCAAAGUGUUCAGAA